UCUCCCAACUGCCAGCCCCACGGAGGCGGGGCACUGUCCUGUCCGCCCCUGGCCGUGGGGCUGGCCAUCAGCCCCACAGCAUAUAGAAGAGGCCCCCUGACCCUGAGCAGUGCCAGCCUCCCCGCGCUCCUCUGGCCACCACUCAGCCCCCAGGGCCACCACAUUCUCCGUGAACACCUUCCAACAGCUCAGCAUGCACCAACCCCUUGAAGCACCUGGGCAGAAGCCCCUGGGCCAUGGCAAGUGCAGCACAGUUGGACACGAUGCUGGAAAAACCUCUGGAUGCGGAGCUGGUGGUGGGAAUGGUCCAGUGAUCUGCAGUGCCACAGGCGGGAACCCCUACGCGGGGCUGGUGAGCCACCUGCGGGCAGCCUGGCUUUCGGGGAAGACACGGCCCAUGGAAUACCGUGUGGCUCAGCUGGAGGCACUGGGACGCUUCCUUGAUGAGAAGAAGCAGGAAAUCCUGGAGGCCACCGCCUUGGAUUUGGGCAAGCCGUCCUUUGAGGCAUACUUCACCGAGAUCCUUCUCUGCAAGAACGAGCUCAAUGAUACCCUGAACAACCUGUCCCACUGGAUGAAGGAUGAGCACGUGUGCAAGAACCUGGCAACACAGCUGGAUUCGGCCUUCAUCCGCAAGGACCCCUACGGGGUGGUGCUCAUCAUCGCACCCUGGAACUACCCCAUCCACCUCUUCCUGGUGCCCCUCAUUGGGGCCAUUGCUGCCGGUAACUGUGUCAUCAUUAAGCCCUCGGAGAUAGCCAAGAACACUGAGAAACUUGUUGCUGAAACACUGACCUGCUACCUGGACAGCGACUGCUUUGCCGUGGUGACCGCUGGUGUGCCGGAGACCACCAAGCUGCUGGAGAACAAAUUUGACUACAUCUUCUUCACAGGCAGCCCCUCCGUGGGGAGGAUCGUGAUGACAGCCGCUGCCAAGCACUUGACGCCCGUGACGCUGGAGCUGGGGGGCAAGAACCCCUGCUAUGUGUCUGACAACUGUGACGUGCACAACGUGGCCCGUCGAGUGGCCUGGGGUCGCUUCUUCAACGCGGGGCAGACCUGUGUGGCACCUGACUACGUGCUGUGCAGCCUGGAGAUGCAGGAGAAGCUGAUGCCUGCCCUGCGCGAGGCCAUCACUGAGUUCUAUGGCUCCAACCCCAAGGAAUCCCCUGACUUUGGACGCAUUAUUGGGGACAAGCAGUUCCGCCGAAUCCGAGCACUGCUGUGCAGCGGACGUGUGGCCAUCGGAGGACAGACAGAUGAGAAGGAGCGCUACAUCGCUCCCACGGUGCUGGCGGAUGUGCAGCCUUCUGACCCUGCCAUGCAGGAGGAAAUUUUUGGCCCUAUCCUGCCCAUCGUCGUUGUGGCCAACAUGGAUGAAGCCAUUGAUUUUAUCAACGCACGGCCGCGGCCAUUGGUCCUCUAUGCCUUCUCCUGCGAUAGCAAGGUGGUGAACCAGGUCCUGGAGCGCACAAGCAGUGGUGGCUUCUGUGGCAACGACACCCUGAUGCAUAUGAUGCUGACCUCGCUGCCCUUCGGAGGGAUUGGGAACAGCGGCUUGGGGAUGUACCAUGGCAAGUUCACCUUCAACACCUUCACCCACCACCGCGGCUGCCUGCACCGUAGCAUGGGCCUGGAGGCCAUCAAUGCCCCACGCUACCCCCCCUACAGCCAGCAGAAACUGGGGGUGCUGACGACCGCCACUGAGAUCAAGCGCAGGGGCAUGUGCACCCUGCUCUGAGCACUGCUCCUGGACUAAGUGGGUCCUGGCUGCAUCCCCCUGCGGAGCAAACCCACCCGUCCCUGGUUCCCUUGCCACAUCCUGUGUCUCGCUGCCACCUCAAUCCACGUUGGACAGCAGGGAUGGACAUCUCCUCCUGCGCCCUCGCUUCUCCCCAGCUGCCUCUGCUCCAGACCUUUUGCCAGGACCCAUCUGAAAUGCCCAAAUGUUCUUUUUCUCAUCCCGUACUUCUAUUCCCAGUGGAGAAACAGUCCCUGUGAGGAUGAGGACCAGCACUUAACCCCAUCUCCCGUUAGAUGGACCUUUCCUUCCGGAUGAGCCUCGCUCUCCCUCCUCUUGUUGCCAGCCAGUGCCUUUUCCUCUGUAACCCUGCCUGUAGUAAAGACUUUGCA